ACUUGAGUUUUAAGUUCAUUUUAAAAGUAAUAGACGAUGGAGAGAAUGAGGUUUAGAGCGAGAGGAGCGACGACAGGGGAAGCUAGCGGCACCAGACAACGGCAAGGGCACAGGCGUUGGAUUCCAGGAUUGGAUCACAAGAUUUUGAGGCAAGCUAUGAUUUUCUUCAUUUAUAAUUUCCCAAAAAACUUGGAGGUGAAAGAAUUAUGGUACAAGUUUCAGAUGUAUGGAAAAGUGAUAGAUGUUUUUGUGCCAAAGAAGCGUGACAAGUGGGGACAGUCAUACGCUCAGGUGGUAAAGGGGAAGGAACAGAGGACACAAAGCUUAUCGGCUUCUGUAAAAACACUGGGAGGAGAGGACAAGGUUUCAAGUCAUCUGAAGAAAGGAACAAUCCAGACGAGGCAAGAAAACGAGAAGGAGGAAGUGGCAUCCUGUCAAAUACAAAAGGCCAAAAGAAGUAUGGAGAAGGAUAGGGACGCGGAGUUUCAGAAGGAAUGUAUGGAAUUCACACCAACACAAGAUGAGCUCAAGUGGCUUGAAAGGGAGCAUAAGAUCAUUAAACAAGUCUCACUGAAGGUUAAAGACCAGAUGUAUGAAAUACAGUAUUCAUCCGAGCAAAACGAGGAAGAUCAAGAUUUCGGUAAUGCAGAGAUUUGUGCAGAAGAUGACGUGAGCAUGGAUGAGGAGCAUUCAAUGCAUGACAGUCUUCUGAAUUCAAAUUUUAAAAGUUCAGAGGAAGGAAAGGUGAGCUGGCAUGCAGAAGAAGGGGACGCGGACGCGGACAUAGAAGAUGGUGUGAGUGGGCUGUACAAGACAAAUGGGCUGCUGGAGGGUACGGAAAUUGGACUAAGGAGCAAGAGUGGGCUUAGAGGGGACUUUAGAAAAGAAGAGAUAAAGAUAAGUAAAAAGAAAGGGCCCAAGGAGGUUUUUGAAAGAGAGACAGCCAUUCACCGAGAGCUUGCAAUUAGGGAUUCUAGGAAGAUGCGGAGAAGACAAAUAGCAGACUGCUACCCAGAAAGCUUUGUGGAAAUCCGGGCAAAAGAGACACAUGGGGAAAUUUCAAAAACAAAGCAGCGACGGCAACAAAGAGCAAGAACUCAAACGAGUACAGUGAGCAAGGUAAAUCCGGUUGUUAGUGAUUCCCUUUCUGAUGGGUGUAUAGCAAAUAGAAAUAGGUUGAUUCAUAGAGAGAUGGCCUUGCAUGAGGUGAGGACAAUGAUGAGCAUGGGUAAGAGAUUGGGCAUUCAAAUUCAAAAUAAUGAGGAGGAAGUGCAGUCCCGAUUGCUGGAAUUGGAGAUGAGGGAGGCUGCAGGGGAAGGCUUAGGUAGUGUAUUGAAGAGAAAGGAAGUGGGUAAACUAGUGAGAAUAGAACAAUCGGAUUUCCUAUUUUUGCAAGAGACUAAGCUAGAAACAGGGGAUGAUGAUUUAUGCAGAAUUAUGUGGAAUUCAAAUGAGAUUGACUGGGUGAUGAAGGAAUCGAUAGGAGCUUCGGGUGGCUUGUUAUGUAUCUGGAAUAAGAAGAAUUUUGCUAAGACAAAAGAUUUUACGGGUGGUGGUUAUCUGAGAAUAACAGGGGAGUGGGGACUAGAUAAGGUGAAAUGUAAUCUAGUGAAUGUGUAUGGCCCAAAUGAUAGACAGAAAAGGUUAAAGCUGUGGGAUGAGUUAGAGCACAUGAUCAUAGAAGAGGGAGGGAGAUGGUUGAUAGCGGGAGACUUUAAUGCCGUUAGAUGUCUUGAAGAAAGAAGGGGAAGAACUGGAGAGAGCACAGAUAUGAAGAAAUUUGAUGAAUUUAUCUUGGCAGCAAGUUUAGUUGAUAUUAAAAUGGUCAAUAGGCACUUUACAUGGUAUAGACCAGAUGGUACAGCCAUGAGCAGACUUGAUAGAUUUUUUAUGAAUGCAGAGAUGUGCAGUAUGGGUGGAAAUUGGCUUCAUCCAGAUUUCAAGAAGGUAAUUGAAGAAAAGUGGAGCAAAAUGGAAGUUGAGGGAUUCGCAGGAUAUAAAUGUAAACAUAAGUUAAAAGGGCUAAAAGCAUUUUUAAAGGGUUGGAAUAAGGAGGUGUUUGGAAAUAUGGAAGCUCAGUAUGAACAAGCUGCAAAACAGGUAGAGCAAAUUGAUAUGAAGAAUGAGGAGAUUGAUCUGGAUGAAUUCGAGAUUAUUCAAAGACAGGAAGGUUUUCAGAAAAUGUGGGAUAUCAUGAGGAGGAGAAAAGUGAUAUGGAAACAGAAAUCAAGAAGCAACUGGGUUCGUGUGGGAGAUGCAAACAUGCGAUUCUUUCAUAGAGUAGCAAAUGGUAGAAAGGCCCAAAAUCAUAUCACAGGCUUAUUGAGUGAUGGUUGUUGGGUGGAAGGACCAGAACAGGUCAAGAAGGAGGUGUAUAAUUAUUUCAGCAAGUUAUUUCAAGGAGACACAUGGAAUAGACCAAAGCCUUACGGGGUUAGCUUCAAACAGAUUUCUACAGAGGAAAAACAAUGGCUUGAACGACCAUUCUCCAUUGAAGAAAUUGAGGAAGGGUUACGAAGCUGUGAAGGAUCUAAAGCUCCGGGACCGGACGAGUACAAUUUUAAUUUUCUUAAAUUUUCUUGGGAUAGUUUAAAGGAAGAUUUUAUGAGUUUCUUUGCAGAGUUUCACAAGAAUGGUAGAUUAGUUAGUGGGCUGAAUUCAUCUUUCUUAGCUCUAAUUCCUAAGAAGUUUAAUUUUAUGGAAUUAAAGGAUUAUAGACCCAUUAGCUUGAUCGGGUGUGUUUACAAACUGUUAACAAAAGUGUUGGCCAAUAGAAUUAAAGCCGUGAUGCCGGGGAUUAUCAGUGAAACUCAAUCUGCUUUCUUGAGAAGACGUCAAUUAGUUGAUGGAAUACUAGUGUUGAAUGAGGUUGUGGAGGAAGUUAAGAGAAGAAAGCAGUCAGCUUUUGUUUUCAAGGCUGAUUUUGCGAAGGCAUAUGAUUGUGUGGAUUGGUCAUUUUUGGAAUGGAUGAUGGAUCGCUUGGGUUUUGGAAUCAAAUGGAGAGGUUGGAUUAUGGAAUGCUUGUCGACUUCUAAGAUUUCAGUUCUAGUUAAUGGAAGCCCGACGGAGGAGUUCAAGAAAGCAGUGUCGGAGGGUAUGUUUCGAGGUAUAGAGAUUGGCAGGAAGGGGUUAGCAAUUUCUCUACUUCAAUUCGCGGAUGACACAGUCAUUAUGGGAAAGGCUGACAUAGAGAAUAUAAUCAUGGUUAAAACAAUUUUGCGAUGGUUUGAACUGAUGUCUGGUCUACAAAUUAAUUUCAGCAAGAGCAACAUUUAUGGAUAUAAUGUUCCAACGAGAUGGCUUGAAGGACCAGCAAGCAUGUUGCGAUGUGGAGUCGGAAAAUCACCUUUUAUUUAUCUGGGAAUGCCUAUUGAUGGAAAACCAAGGAAUAGGAAACUAUGGGAACCGGUGAUAAAAAAAUUUCGUGCUAAACUUGUUGUCUGGAAAGCUACUUCGCUGUCCUUCGGUGGCCACCUUACUUUGUUUAACUCGAUUUGGGGAUGUGGUAGAGAGCCUAUGGAAAAGGGUACUAACAGAAAAUAUUACGAGGGCAAAUGGAAGGAGGUGGAUAUUAAGGCUAUUGGGAAUUGGAGAGUAUCUAAGCUUUGGAGAGAUAUUAUUAAUAUAGGGGGGCGGUCGAUGAGACUACAGAGGGAUAAAUGGAGUUGGAAACUGGAAUGGAGGAGGGGGAGAAUAGGACGAGAAAAGGAUGAGGAAGAGGCGUUGUGGGAGAAGUUGGGUAAUUUGCAAUUAAAGAAGGGUGUUGAAGAUCAUUGGAGGUGGCUACAUGAUUCAGAUGGUAGUUAUAUGGUGAAGAAGGCUUAUUUGGCCCCUUCGGAGGGUAUCUUAGAGGAACAGUUGUGUAAAGUUAUUUGGUGCAGAUUAGUACCAUCCAAAGUGUCUUUCUUUGGAUGGCGUUUAUGUCUUGAUAAGCUUCCAACUAAAUGGAACAUCAGAAAGCGAGGGGUGCUUUUACAGGAAGAGGAAUUAAUGUGUGUUUUGUGCCAUAACAUGAUUGAGGAGGCUAACCAUUUAUUUAGUAUGUGUAAGGAAGCAUGGAUUUUGUGGACAGAGGUGUUGCAGUGGUGGAACAUGAAGACGGUAAUGCCAAAUAUCGUACGAGGAGUGGCAGACAUUUUUGUAUACAAUUUGGGUAGGGUAGUAGGGAAGGAGAUGGGUGCUUGUAUCUUUCUCGUUGUAUCAUGGUAUUUAUGGUAUUGGAGAAAUGGUAAGGUAUUUGAUAAUGAAGCUGUCAUCAGGGGAAGAUUACUAGAUAUGAUUCAAGCCAAAUCAUUUUUAUGGAUCAAGAAUAAGGUAAAUGGUUGUGCCUUUUCAUUUAAUGAGUGGAAGGUUAACCCUGUAGCAUGUGCUCUGUCAAUGAGAAGCCACAAACAAGCAAUGAAAUUGUUUCUUAAACAACAGAAAAAAGGCUACACUGCAGAAUGGAAUGCAAGUUGAAAUUUGUUUGGGGCAUGAAGGCUUAAGCAGGUAUUUUACUGUAGCGUGUUAGUUAAGCUGUAGUAAAUACAUGCUCAACGUUUUUGCGUGUCAGUGGAUUUGAAAAGUGGAAGUUUUUUUAUGAUCAGAACAGGGAGUUAUGUAAAAACUGUAAAGGAAGACAUAAAUUCGACAUGGGUAU